AUGAAUCUCAACUUCACCUCCCCUCUGCACCCGGCGUCUUCUCAGAGGCCCACGUCCUUCUUCAUUGAGGACAUCCUGCUGCACAAGCCCAAGCCGCUAAGGGAGAUGGCCCCUGAUCACUUCGCCAGCUCUCUGGCCUCCCGGGUGCCUCUCCUAGACUAUGGCUACCCCCUCAUGCCCACACCCACCCUCCUGGCUCCUCACCCUCAUCACCCUCUGCAUAAGGGAGACCACCACCACCCUUAUUUCCUCACCACCUCGGGGGUGCCGGUGCCGGCGCUGUUCCCGCACCCCCAGCACAGCGAGCUGCCGGGGAAGCACUGCCGCCGCCGCAAAGCUCGCACGGUUUUCUCGGACUCGCAGCUUUCCGGCCUGGAGAAGAGAUUCGAGAUCCAGCGCUACCUGUCCACGCCAGAGCGGGUGGAGCUGGCCACGGCCCUCAGCCUGUCCGAGACGCAGGUGAAAACGUGGUUCCAGAACCGGCGGAUGAAGCAUAAAAAGCAGCUGAGGAAAAGUCAGGAUGAGCCCAAAGCGCCCGAUGGGCUCGAGAGCCCCGAGGGCAGCCCUCGCGGCCCAGAGGCCGCAUCCGCCGAGGCUCGGCUGGGCCUGCCCGCCGGCCCCUUCGUGCUGACCGAGCCCGAGGACGAGGUGGACAUCGGGGACGAGGGGGAGCUCGGCUCGGGGCCGCACGUGCUCUGA